AUGCGAAUCCUUAGUUGGAAUGUGAAUGGUAUACAAAACCCAUUUAACUAUCAUCCGUGGAACAAAAAAAAUUCCUACAAAGAAGUUUUUGAAGAGUUUAAAGCGGAUAUUAUAUGCUUUCAGGAAUUAAAGAUGCAAAAGGAUAAUUUCCCCCAAGAAUUUGCUCUUAUUGAGGGAUAUGAAGGUUAUUUCACAUUUCCUACUACAAGAAAAGGUUACAGUGGAGUCGGUAUUUAUGUAAAAAAAAGUCUAUGCACACCCGUAAAGGCAGAAGAAGGAAUCACUGGAAUUUUACCAGUUCGGAAUCAACGAUAUUCUUAUAUUGAAGCUCCUCCGCAUGAACAGAUUGGAUAUUACCCCAAAGAUGUAGACCGAAAAACUGCAAAAUGGGUUGAUGAUGAAGGAAGAUGUAUUCUACUAGAUUUGGGUAUUUUCAUUCUAAUUGGCGUUUAUUGCCCUGUCAAUUCUGGGGAUCAUAGGUGGGAAUAUCGGACAGCCUUCUACAAAUGCUUAAAGGAUAGAAUAUCAGCUUUUAUAAAGGAAGGAAAACGGAAGGUUGUCUUAGUUGGGGAUGUGAAUAUUCUUUGCGAUUCUAUCGACACGGCAGACCAAAAAGAUAUCUUAAAAGAGUCAUUCAUUCCAAGCGUACAUGAUUCAAGAAAAUGGCUUAGGGAGUUAUUAAAGCCGCACAGAUCUGGGCUUUUGCUCGAUAUUGGACGGGUACGGCAUCCUACAAGAAAGGGCAUGUUCACUUGCUGGAACACCAGGCUUAAUAUGAGGCCCACAAACUAUGGUACGAGAAUUGACUAUACGCUAGCAACUCCAGACCUUUUACCGUGGGUGCAAGACGCAGAUAUUAUGGCAAAUGUCAUGGGAUCUGAUCAUUGCCCUGUUUACAUGGAUUUAAGAGAUUCACUAGACAGUACACCAUUAUAUGAUUUACUCACUCAUGCAAAAGAUCCUCCCUCUUUAGCAGCAUGUCAUCACUCAGCAUAUCGACCGUCAAAAAACAUACAUACCAUGUUUCAACAAUUUGAAAAGACCAAGAAGUCAAAAUCAGAAUCAGACAUUACUUUAGAUGAAUCAUCCAAAACACCGUCUUGCUCACCAUCCACUAGCAACAGUACGCCAUUGUCUGUACCUGAAAACGGUCCAGCUGAGAAGCGUCGACGAACAGAGCAGCAGCCAAAAUUAUCAUCUUUUUUUUUGAAGAAGCCUCAGCCAAUGGAACAAAAUGAACUGGAAACUGAAAAACCUCCAUUGAUUGAAGUAGAUGAAACUGGGUCAAAGUUUACAGUAUCUAAUUCUUCUAAUACGGAAACUGUAACGGCAUGGAAGAGCAGAUUCCAAAAAAAAAUGCCGCCAUUAUGUGAUGGACAUAAAGAACCCUGUAAGUUAUUAAGCGUGAAAAAGCCGGGCAUAAAUUAUGGUCGAAAUUUUUGGAUGUGUGCUCGACCGAUUGGAGAAGUUGUUGAAAAUUCUAACGCGGUUUCUAAUGAUGAUACACAGCCGUUUCAAUGUAGAUAUUUCCUUUGGGACUCUGACUGGAAGGGCUAA